AUGGAUGAUCCACCUCGUCAUUCGAAAUGCCAGAAGCUGGUUGUUGUGUUGAUUCUCUUCUUCAUCAAUCUACUCAACUAUGCUGAUCGAUAUACAAUUGCAGGUGUUCUCACCGACAUUCAACGCUUUUAUAAAAUCGACAAUGGUGAUGGAGGAUUGCUUCAAACGGUUUUUAUCGUCUCUUUCAUGUUGUUCAGUCCAAUAUUUGGAUACUUAGGAGAUAGAUACACACGUAAAUGGAUUAUGGUCGUCGGAAUAUUAGUAUGGGUUCUUGCGGUGUUCGCAUCAACAUUUGUGGCUAAAGAGUACUUUUGGCUGUUUCUCCUUCUGCGAGGUGUUGUCGGAAUCGGUGAAGCCUCGUAUGCGGUCGUUUCUCCUACAAUUAUUGGUGAUAUGUACGUUGGAAAAGCUCGUUCGUGGAUGUUGAUGUUGUUCUAUAUGGCGAUCCCAUUUGGAAGUGGAAUUGGUUACAUGGUUGGAUCACAAUUGGCAAGACAACUGGGAGGAUGGCAAUGGGGAAUGAGAUUAACACCAUUAUUUGGCGUGGCUUCUGUUAUCCUGAUUGUAUUAUUUGUAUUUGAACCAGAACGAGGACUUAAUGAAUCAUCGAAUUCUACACGCAAAGAAGAUAUGGAGAAUGCACCUUUGAAGGUAAAAAUCAAGACCUACUUAUAUGAUCUAUGGGCCCUCAUGAAAAAUUACACCUACAUUUUCUCGACAAUUGCCUACACAUGCAUUGUUUUUGUGACUGGCACACUUUCAUGGUGGGUUCCUACAGCAAUUCAACAUGCCAAAGCUCACGAAAUGAAGCUCAAUUCUACAAGUCUUCUGGAUGAAAAUGAUAAAGCAAAUAUUGCUAUCUACUUUGGAAUCGUCACAAUUGCUGGUGGAAUCGUUGGAGUAAUUAUGGGUUCAGCUUUGUCAACGUUGCUGCGUAGUGGAAAGUUGUGCUUCAAAUGCUGUCAAACGAAACGAUCCGAUCCAAUCAUUUGUGCCCUUGGAGCACUGAUCGCAACUCCAUUUCUUUUUGGUGGAUUACAACUCAUCAAAGUGUCUGUCGAAGCUAGCUACGUCUUCAUGUUCGUUGCUAUUACCGGACUCUGCUUCAAUUGGGCCAUCAAUGUCGAUCUACAAAUGACGAUUAUUGUUCCAUGGAGACGUAAUUCAGCAAAUGCAUGGCAAAUCCUGAUUUCACAUUUGUUCGGUGAUGCAUCUGGACCAUAUCUCGUUGGAUUGCUUUCUGAUCGAAUAAGAUUGAGCGACUCUCCAGGAGAUUUAUUUGAUGCUUUGUUAUACGCUUUUUAUAUUCCUUCGGCACUUUGUGGAAUUUCGGCAUUGUUCUUUAUAAUUGCUGCGAUUACAGUGUUAAGAGAUCAAGCGAGAUUCCGUGUUGAAAUUGGUAUUCACGAUGGAAUUUCAUCGGGAAAAGAUGUCGGAACAAAAGGAAAUGCAAAUAAUAAUUACGAAUUGGAAGAGGCCACUUAUGAAAAUAAGGCCUUCAAAGCAACGGAAGGCAACUCUCGUCGAAUAUGCUCGACUUGUUCUUGUAAAACGGCACAUUCCUUGUGUGGUUCACGAUCGAUGGAUGAUCCACCUCGUCAUUCGAAAUGCCAGAAGCUGGUUGCUGUGUUGAUUCUCUUCUUCAUCAAUCUACUCAACUAUGCUGAUCGAUAUACAAUUGCAGCUGUUCUCACCGACAUUCAACGCUUUUAUAAAAUCGACAAUGGUAUGGCUGGAUUACUUCAAACGGUUUUUAUCGUCUCUUUCAUGUUGUUCAGUCCAAUAUUUGGAUACUUAGGAGAUAGAUACACACGUAAAUGGAUUAUGGUCGUCGGAAUAUUAGUAUGGGUUCUUGCUGUGUUCGCAUCAACAUUUGUGGCUAAAGAGUACUUUUGGCUGUUUCUCAUUAUGCGAGGCGUUGUCGGAAUCGGUAAAGCCUCGUAUGCGGUCGUUUCUCCUACAAUUAUUGGUGAUAUGUACGUUGGAAAAGCUCGUUCGUGGAUGUUGAUGUUGUUCUAUAUGGCGAUCCCAUUUGGAAGUGGAAUUGGUUACAUGGUUGGAUCACAAUUGGCAAGACAACUGGGAGGAUGGCAAUGGGGAAUGAGAUUAACACCAUUAUUUGGCGUGACUUCUGUUAUCCUGAUUGUAUUAUUUGUAUUUGAACCAGAACGAGGACUUAAUGAAUCAUCGAAUUCUACACGCAAAGAAGAUAUGGAGAAUGCACCUUUGAAGGUAAAAAUCAAGACCUACUUAUAUGAUCUAUGGGCCCUCAUGAAAAAUAACACCUACAUUUUCUCAACAAUUGCCGAUAUAUGCAUUGUUUUUGUGACUGGCACACUUUCAUGGUGGGUUCCUACAGCAAUUCAACAUGCCAAAGCUCACGAAAUGAAGCUCAAUUCUACAAGUCUUCUGGAUGAAAAUGAUAAAGCAAAUAUUGCUAUCUACUUUGGAAUCGUCACAAUUGCUGGUGGAAUCGUUGGAGUAAUUAUGGGUUCAGCUUUGUCAACGUUGCUGCGUAGUGGAAAGUUGUGCUUCAAAUGCUGUCAAACGAAACGAUCCGAUCCAAUCAUUUGUGCCCUUGGAGCACUGAUCGCAACUCCAUUUCUUUUUGGUGGAUUACAACUCAUCAAAGUGUCUGUCGAAGCUAGCUACGUCUUCAUGUUCGUUGCUAUGACCGGACUUUGCUUCAAUUGGGCCAUCAAUGCCGAUCUACGAAUGACGAUUAUUGUUCCAUGGAGACGUAAUUCAGCAAAUGCAUGGGAAUAUCUGAUUUCACAUUUCUUCCCUGGACCAUAUCUUGUUGGAUUGCUUUCUGAUCGAAUAAGAUUGAGCGACUCUCCAGGAGAUUUAUUUGAUGCUUUGUUAUACGCUUUUUAUAUUCCUUCGGCACUUUGUGGAAUUUCGGCAUUGUUCUUUAUAAUUGCUGCGAUUACAGUGUUAAGAGAUCAAGCGAGAUUCCGUGUUGAAAUUGGUAUUUACGAUGGAAUUUCAUCGGGAAAAGAUGUCGGAACGAAAGGAAAUGCAAAUAAUAAUUACGAAUUGGAAGAGGCCAUUUAUGGAAAUAAGACCUUCAAAGCAACUGAAGGUUCGAGUGGAGAAAGUAAUAUAAUA